CUAUUCAUUCUUUUUCUUUUUAUUUAAGAGAAAUUUGAUUACUUUAAUUUUGGAUUAAAUGGUGGGUAUGGAGUUGCAGCGAACGUCUUCUCAGUGUUUGGCUUCUUUAUUUCUUAAUCAUGAGAAAGAGACAGAGAGAAAAGUAAAGGAACAAAACAAGGAAAGAUUUGAUUUGAUCUUUAAAAGAUUAUGUUUUUUCAAGAGUUUUGUUCUGUGGGAUAAAACAAGUUAAGAAUCUUUUUAUUCAGCUAUAACUCGACUUUCCGGGAUUAUAUGGAACCACAGUUUCCAAUGGAGUUCCAAUUCCAGUUGAAGCAAUAUAACUGCUAAGUAGACAUUUGUUCUUCAUCUUUGACUCUUGAAGUUGUUGUUAUGGCCGAGGAGAACGGCCUGAAUGGUGUUGCAGGAACCCAAGAGGCUGGCACAUCAAAAACCUAUGAAGAAGAAGAGGAAAAGAAUCCCGGCAUAAAUGGGAAUUUGCAAGAGGCAAAGAAGAGCAAAGAAGACGAGAAAACUAAUUCAGUUCCAUUCCAUAAACUCUUUUCUUUUGCAGAUUCCAUAGAUAUCCUUUUGAUGAUUGUGGGCACAAUUGGCGCUGUUGGGAAUGGGAUUUCUCUCCCCCUUAUGACUAUAUUCCUUGGAGAUACAAUUAAUGCCUUUGGACAAAAUCAGAAUAAAGAUGUGGUGCACGUGGUUUCAAAGGUGUCCCUAAAAUUUGUUUACUUGGCAGUAGCGUCUGCUGUAGCCUCGUUUCUUCAGGUAGCUUGUUGGAUUGUCACAGGAGAGAGACAGGCUGCACGGAUAAGGGGUUUGUAUUUAAAAACUAUACUGAGACAAGAUGUAGCCUUUUUUGAUAAGGAGACGAACACUGGUGAGGUCAUUGGUAGAAUGUCUGGCGACACUGUUCUUAUACAAGAUGCCAUGGGAGAGAAGGUUGGGAAAUUUCUACAGCUUGUAUCAACAUUUAUUGGAGGCUUUGUAGUAGCAUUUAUCAAGGGAUGGCUUCUUACAAUUGUCUUGUUAUCCUCUAUUCCCCUGCUAGUCUUAGCUGGUGCAGCCAUGUCUAUCAGUAUAGCUAGGAUGGCUUCCCGCGGACAAAAUGCUUAUGCAAAAGCUGCAACUGUAGUUGAGCAGACUAUAGGUUCAAUCAGAACCGUUGCAUCAUUUACUGGGGAGAAGCAAGCUAUAAGUAACUACAAGAAAAACCUGGUUACUGCUUAUAAUUCAGGUGUUAAUGAGGGCUUAGCUACAGGAUUAGGGCUUGGUGUUCUCAUGCUAAUCAUAUUUUGUAGUUAUGCUUUGGCAAUAUGGUUUGGUGGAAAGAUGAUACUGGAGAAGGGAUACACAGGGGGCAGUGUACUUAAUGUAAUCAUUGCUGUGUUGAGUGGUUCCAUGUCCCUGGGGCAGGCAUCUCCUUGCAUGAGUGCAUUUGCUGCUGGGCAAGCUGCAGCUUAUAAAAUGUUUGACACUAUCAGCAGAAAGCCAGAGAUAGAUGCUUAUGACACAAGGGGAAAGAUAUUGGAUGACAUCCAUGGAGAUAUAGAGUUGCGAGAUAUACAUUUCAGUUAUCCAGCCAGACCUGAUGAGCAAAUAUUUAGUGGGUUCUCUCUCUUCAUCGCAAGUGGCACAACCACAGCUUUGGUUGGACAAAGUGGAAGCGGGAAGUCAACUGUCAUCAGUCUGAUUGAGAGAUUUUAUGAUCCACAAGCUGGUGAAGUUCUUAUUGAUGGCAUCAACCUCAAAGAGUUCCAGCUAAAGUGGAUUAGGGAAAAAAUUGGACUGGUCAGCCAAGAACCUGUGUUGUUUACAGCCAGCAUUAGGGAUAAUAUUGCAUAUGGAAAAGAUGGAGCAACAACGGAGGAGAUAAGAGCUGCAGCUGAACUUGCCAAUGCUGCCAAAUUCAUUGAUAAACUACCUCAGGGGCUAGACACCAUGGCAGGUGAACAUGGAACUCAGCUAUCUGGAGGACAGAAGCAAAGAAUUGCAAUAGCGAGAGCCAUCCUAAAAGAUCCACGGAUUUUACUUUUAGAUGAAGCUACAAGUGCACUUGACGCAGAAUCAGAAAGGAUAGUUCAGGAGGCAUUGGACAGGAUUAUGGUCAAUCGAACAACAGUUAUUGUUGCCCAUCGUCUGAGUACAAUUAGGAAUGCUGAUGUAAUUGCUGUUAUCCACCGUGGAAAGAUGGUUGAAAAAGGCUCACAUUCAGAGCUACUCUCGGAUCCUGAAGGAGCAUACUCUCAACUUAUACGAUUACAAGAGGUAAACAAAGAUUCAGAACAAGCAACAGAGGACCAUAAAAGAUCAAAUCUUUCUUCUGAAUCAUUUAGACAGUCAAGUCAAAGAAUUUCACUGCAACGAUCCAUCAGUCGGGAAUCAUCUGGAGUAGGAAAUAGCAGUCGCCAUUCAUUCUCAGUAUCAUUUGGCUUACCUACAGGAAUUAAUGUCACUGAAAAUUCCCAGGAAAAAAACGAAGUUUCUCCACCGCAAAAAGAAAUUCCAGAAGUCUCAAUCCGUAGGCUUGCAUAUCUCAACAAGCCUGAGAUUCCGGUGCUUACAAUUGGAACUAUAGCCGCAUGCAUCAACGGUAUCAUAUUUCCAAUUUUUGGCAUACUCAUUUCUAGAGUGAUUAAAUCAUUUUACGAACCACCUCAUGAAUUAAGAAAGGACACGAAAUUCUGGGCAUUUAUUUUUAUGAUAAUUGGGGUGGCAUCAUUUUUGGUACUUCCAUCGCAAUUUUAUUUCUUCGGUGUGGCCGGAAAUAGACUAAUUCAACGGAUUCGAACGAUUUGCUUCGAGAAGGUAGUUCAUAUGGAGGUUGGUUGGUUUGAUGAUCCUGAGCAUUCAAGUGGUGCAAUUGGUGCCAGGCUUUCAGCAGAUGCAGCGGUAGUUCGUGCUCUGGUCGGAGAUGCACUAGCUCAGCUGGUCCAGAAUAUUGCAUCGGCAGUGGCAGGUCUAGUCAUUGCCUUCACUGCAAGUUGGCAAUUGGCCUUCAUUAUUCUUGUACUACUUCCUCUCAUAGGAAUCAAUGGAUACGUUCAAGUGAAGUUCAUGAAGGGUUUCAGUGCAGAUGCAAAGAUGAUGUAUGAGGAAGCAAGCCAAGUAGCAAAUGAUGCAGUAGGGAGUAUAAGAACUGUUGCCUCUUUCUGUGCAGAAGAAAAGGUGAUGCAACUGUACAAAAAGAAAUGCGAAGGCCCUUUGAAGACAGGAGUAAGGCAAGGCCUUAUUAGUGGAAUAGGAUUUGGUGUGUCUUUCUUUUUCCUGUUCUCUGUCUAUGCAACUAGUUUCUAUGCAGGAGCUCAACUUGUUAAGCAUGGGAAAACAACUUUCUCGGAUGUGUUUCAAGUUUUCUUUGCUUUAACCAUGGCAGCUAUUGGAAUUUCUCAAUCAAGUUCAUUUGCUCCUGAUUCCGCCAAGGCUAAGAAUGCUGCUGCUUCCAUAUUUUCAAUUAUUGACCGAAAGUCAAAGAUAGAUCCAAGUGAUGACUCAGGAAUGACAGUUGAGAAUGUGAGAGGAGAAAUUGAGCUUCGUCAUGUAAGCUUCAAGUACCCAUCAAGACCAGAUGUUCAAAUUUUCCGAGACCUGAGCUUGGCUAUUCAUUCGGGCAAGACUGUGGCUCUAGUUGGAGAAAGUGGAAGUGGAAAAUCAACUGUCAUCUCACUGUUACAAAGAUUUUAUGAUCCCGAAUCAGGUCAUAUAACUCUUGACGGAGUUGAAAUUCAAAGGCUGCAACUCAAGUGGUUGAGGCAGCAAAUGGGGCUAGUGAGCCAAGAGCCAGUCUUGUUUAACUAUACAAUCCGAGCCAAUAUUGCUUAUGGGAAGGAUGGAGAUGCAACUGAGGCAGAAAUCAUAGCUGCAUCAGAGAAAGCCAAUGCACACAAGUUCAUCAGUAGCUUGCAACAGGGAUAUGAUACUGUAGUAGGAGAGCGAGGAGUCCAGUUAUCUGGAGGGCAGAAACAAAGAGUAGCCAUUGCUCGUGCUAUAAUCAAAAGUCCAAAGAUACUGCUAUUAGAUGAGGCAACAAGUGCUCUAGAUGCAGAAUCUGAGAGAGUGGUUCAAGAUGCAUUAGACCGAGUAAUGGUGAACAGGACUACAGUGGUUGUAGCCCAUCGAUUAUCUACAAUAAAGAAUGCAGAUGUUAUUGCAGUUGUUAAAAAUGGAGUAAUUGUAGAGAAAGGAAAGCAUGAGAAUUUGAUCAAUAUGAGAGAUGGUUUCUAUGCUUCCUUAGUGGCACUUCACAUGAGUGCCUCAACCGCAUAGAGUUAGCAGCCAUUUCUUUUUCCUUGUGAGCACUAUACUUUUUAAUGUGAAAAAUGUGCAAGCGUUUCUGGUAAACAACCACUGAUCCAUUAUAAAUAUUAAACGUCAUGGAUGACGCCUAUUUGGC